AUGGGCGAAGAAGAGCAAUUAGUUGCUCUAGAUUCAAACGGUUCGACUAUGAGUAUGAGAAUUCAAACAUACAAUUCGGAACGGAACAAUUGGGACAGCAAGAAACUACCAGAAAUUUGGAAUGACAGACGUUCCUUUGGAGUGACUCUAAUAAGUAGCACAAUGAUCUUCGCGGGCGGAUACAUAUUCAAUAGUACCCCUACAAACGAAGUUCUUUGUUUAAACCUUCAGACAAUGAAGUUCUAUGAAAAUGCACCGAUGUUACAAUCGCGAAUCCACUUUCCACUACUUGAAUUCAAAGACGAAUUGUACGCCAUUGGUGGACUUGUAAAUGAUCAAUGGUCGGUUUUGGUGGAAAAGUAUAAUUUUUCCACAGGUAAAUGGAAAGCUGUUUCAUCUUUGAGAUCACUGAUGAAAUUCCCAAGUGCAGCGGUGCUUGAUGGAUAUUUGUACGCUAUUGGUCAGUUUGCGCCCUUAAUGGAAUGUUAUGAUCCCUCUACUAACCUCUGGACACGAAAAGCUGCUCCCAAUUCGAAACUACAAUAUGUCAGCAUAAUUGGCUUUGAAGGAUUUUUAUAUGCAAUUUGCAGAGGUUAUAGCAAUUCAAUUUGCACUAUAAAUUUCGAAAGAUAUGAUCCCUCAAAAAAUAUUUGGGAAAUCAAACAAUCUCCUCUAUUUGGAGAAAAGUGUACGGUUUUGCGUAACCGGCUAUUUUGUUGUGGAUUGAAUGAAUCGAAUGAAUCAAAAGAAAAGGAAUACAUUGUAGAAGAAUAUAAUGUGGAAGCAGACGAAUGGAUUCUAUUUACAAGCCUUACAUCAAUGCAAGGUGUUUACUCUGUGUUUACUUUACAAAAAUAA